UUAUUUCUUUUAUAAAAACGUCGUCGAAUAUAUAGUACAUAUAAUAGUUUUGAAGUGGGUAUUAUCAUCAACCCGAACCAAUGCAGCCCUCAGGCCCAUGAAUUUUUCCCUUUUCAUCAAAUAAAUAAAAUUUCUUUGCCAAAUCACCGAAUAAAAUUGCUUCUGAAUUUUUUUGCCAUAAUAUAUAAAAUUUAUAUUUUAAAUAUAUAGCGUAUACUUAAUCGUUCCACUUUCUAAGUCAAUAGCAACCGUUCUAACCUAGUCGUAGUAGCAAUUGGCACUCAACAUUCCACUCCCAUGCUGUUUCGUGCGUAUGAAUCCCGUAUUGACAACACUAUAAAAAAAAAUCUUAGGUUAUACUGGUCAGAAAAUUUUCGACACAACGUGUUUGUUUAUAUUAAUUGAAUUGAAACCCACGGUGAAACGACAAGGAGCGCAUUUUUGGUGUCUUGAUAAAGAUAAAUCAACGAAAUUAAGAGCUUAAUAGGAUAAUGCCGGUUUCAAAUAGUGCGGCAAGUGCAGUGAGUAGUUCCCUGCCAAAAUGGCAAUUGGCAUUGGCAGUUGGUGCACCGGUAGCUCUGGGCCUAGGAUACAUAUAUUACAAAAACUCAAGCCAAGGAAAACCCAAGGGGCCAGAUAAGAGCAAUGGCACUGCCCCGGAGAAACAAAUUUCAAUUGACGGUGACUCACCUGGAAAAAAUAUCAGGUCUGAUAGACCUGAGACACCGGCUGCAAAGGCACAGAGAUAUAAGACGCUUGGUAAUGAAGUAUUUCGCGUCGGAAAAUACGAUGAUGCUAUUUUGUACUAUAACAAAGCCAUUGAAGCAUGUCCACUGGAAGAUAAAAAUGAGUUAGCAACGUUUUAUCAGAAUAGAGCUGCUGCUUAUGAUGCGCUUGAAAAGUUCACGGCCGUCAAAGACGAUUGUACAAAAGCUCUUGAAUUGAAUCCCAAGUAUACAAAAGCACUGAUUCGCAGAGCCAAAGUAUUGGAAAAAAUUAAUGAGCUGGAGUUGGCACUUGAAGACAUCACUGCUGCUUGUAUUUUGGAAAAAUUCACCAACUCCAGUGCUCUCCUCGCUGCUGAUAGAGUUCUAAGACAACUCGGGAAACAACAUGCUCAGGAACUUUUGACGACAAAAAAACCGGUGAUGCCCAGCAAGCAUUUUAUCAAAACGUACUUCAGCUCUUUUAGAAACGACCCACUAUUAUCAGCAGAGGCCAUAAACUUGUUGGAUAAUCAUGGCAGCCCGGGAUUGACGAAUGCUGUCGAAGCUUUCAGAGGCGAGAGAUACGAUGAUAUAAUUCCAAUUUGCACAGCAGAAAUAGAAAAAAGUGACACUAGUUUAUCUGAUAAAAUGCAACUUCUCUUACUGAGAGGAACAUUUUAUCUUCUCCUUGGGCAACCUGACAAAGCGAUAGGUGAUCUGAAUGCAGUAAUAAGUAAUGAAUCGGCGAGUAAAGAAGUCCGAGUCAAUGCAUUGAUCAAACGAGCGACGAUGCAUAUGCAGUUAGAAAAUUCGUCCCAAUGUUUGAAAGACUUCGAAAAGGCAGUCGAAAUUUAUCCAAACUGUGGCGACAUUUAUCACCAUCGUGGACAGGUGAAUUUACUCUUGGAAAAAGUCAAUGAAGCGAGAGAGGAUUCCGAAAAAUCAUUGAAGUUGAAUCCUGAGUUUGGAAUCGCAUACGCACAGAAAUGUUACACCGAUUAUCGUCAUGCAGCACUGAGUAGAAUGCCGAAUCUGCUUGAAUCUGCGAUGGAGAACUUUGAAAAGUCUUUCGAACUCUUCCCAGAUUGCUGUGAAUGCUACACCCUGUAUGCCCAGAUGCUAUGCGAUGCACAGUCGUACGAAAAGGCCGACGAAUACUUCUCGAAAGCCAUUGAAAAGGACCCAAAAAAUGCGACAAUCUACGUACAUAGGGGACUACUGCAACUCCAGUGGUGUGGAAAUGUUAUCAAAGCUAUGGAAUAUAUCAAUAAAGCCCUAGAGUUGGAUGACAAAUGUGAAUUUGGAUAUGAAACUUUAGGAACGAUCGAAGUCCAAAGAGGCAACCUCAAAGAAGCCAUCAAAUUAUUCGACAAAGCUUUAUCAUUAGCUCGAACGGCUCUGGAAUUAACCCAUAUAUUCAGUCUCCAAGAUGCUGCAAAGGCCCAGUUGAAAAUCGGUGAAAGAUUAGGUGCUGAUUUUAUCUUUGGAAUUCCAAACAUGUCGUAAUCAACUUCUCAAGGACACAUUGUAAAUUAAAAAGUAGCAAAGUUUUAAAAAUUAUAACUUUUACAUUAUUGUUUGAUUCGUGAUACACCAAUAUUUUCUGUCAAUUUAAUCAUUACUGAAAUAAAUAUGGGAGCCUCGCGAAUAAAAAAAACUCCAAUGAAAUUCAAAUAAUUGGUAAUAUUUUCCAAAUUUACCUAAAAACUAAAUCCUUUACCAUGAUUAUUUCUACUGAAUUGGUAAAGUGCCUGGAUUAAUUCUUCUCGCCAUUCAGUCCAAAUUGCAUAAACAUUCGCAUGUUAUCUCAAGCGAUUUGAUUGUGAGCAAUUAUUGCAUUUAAUUUAGUACAUAAUCUGAAACAUGCUGAUAAAUUAAAUAUAUGACAGUUGAAAUGCGAAAAAAUUGUGUUGUGUGAAACUUGUAAUGUUACAGAAUUUCCGUAGUAAGUUUAUGAAUCCACAAACAAGUGCGUUAAUGUUAAAAUCUUUACAACUAAUGCUUUCAGACAUUCGGCAAUUUCUCUCGAAAGUCUUUACACGAUUAUCUACAUCGAUUUCUUGGGAAAAUACUUGAAAUCGUUAUUUGUACAGAGAUUUUCACGUUAAGGAAUGACGCUCAUACAGACUGAAUUGAGAAUCCAAAUACUUGACUCAUAAUAUUGUAUAUGUAUACAAAACGCAUUACUCCAGUUUCACUCUUCCUAGCCACAGGAAUCGUGAUUCAUGAGAAAUGUACUUCAGAAUCAUAAUGUUUUUGGGUGGUAAACAUUGAAGGAAUCAAUGCUAGAGCCUACCACGGAAGUUCCGUAGGAAAUCGUAGACGUUAUUUUUUUUUCUCUAUUGUUAUUGAUAGUAUUUUAUUUUUACUUUCUAUUGCAUCGCAGAGUGAAAGAGCUCUAUAAAAUUAUGUUAUGAUAGGUUGUAAAAUUAUGUUAUCCCGUAUUCAAGUACAUAAGCACCUGAAACAA